CACACAAUAUACUCUCGAAUGAUUUCAAUUCUCAAAUUAUGGCAAUAGAUAUGGAUGUCGAUGAUGUAGAUGACGUAGAGGAAGCAUCACAAAACGAAUCAGACGAAGAUCGUGAAGAUACUCAAUUUGACGAAAAUAGCGAAAAUGCGGAUGAUGAUGAUCAAGAAGAUGAUGAAGAUGAUGAUGAUGGAGAGGAUGACGAUGAAGAUGAAGAGGAUGAAGAUGCAGAAGAUGAUGAAGACGAAGAUGAGGAAGACGAUGAAGAUGAUCCCGAAGCCGACACAACUUCUCACAAACAGAGAUCUCCAACACCUGCUGUCAAUUCUUCCCCUGCUGCAUACGUACGUGCUGCUGAAAAUCGAUUGAAACGACUAAGAGCAUCAUCCUCAAAUCUAGCCAAACAGGCAUCCGCAUACUCGAUAGAACCUGUUGGUGCAAUACCGCAUUCUGCCCAUGUUCAUUCUAUGGCUCUAAGCGCUGAUGGUACAAAUUUACUCACAGGCGGAAGUGAUGGUUAUGUUCGCCGGUAUGACGUUUAUGCAAGCAUGAAUGGGAAAGCGCCUCUCACACAAAACAUACGACAUCAAUAUGUGGAUGGUGUAGUGAAAGGUGGAGCAUUAACGGCUUGGUGGGCAUGCGAAGAAGUCCCGUUAGUAAAAGGAGAGGAAGAAGAAGAAGCAGAAGAAAGACUUGUCAGUCCGGUUCAUAGUUUGGCAAUUCAACAAGACGCUCUUUGGUGUUUGAGCGGAACGGAAUCCGGGAAUAUAAAUCUGAACAGCUUACGACAUGAUAGUGGACAACUACGGCAUGUUUUACGUCGACAUACAUCUGCAGUCUCAGCAUUGGCCUUAACCGACACAGAUACGGUUCUCAUGAGUGGAGGGUGGGAUAGAGGUCUACAUCAGUGGGAUAUGCAUACUGGUAAAGUGGUACGAUCAUUCCCAGGACACACAGGACAGAUAACUUCGAUAUCUUUCAGACCUCUACAGCAGGGAGAGACGUACUCCAAUGCUCCAUCUCCAAAUGUGAUCAUACGACCUUCCGCGGCAGACUCGACAAAUAAUGGAGAUAUUUCGAUGCAGGACAAUAUCGAUGCUAAAGAAGAAGCAGCCAGUCAGAAGAUAUCGCCGUCACCCAGGAAAAGUCUGGGUGAGCGAAGCCAGUCGAAAGAUGCCUCACAGAGGGGAGAUAUAAGUAUGCAACUUGAACGAAGCAAUGAAGCUCAACAGAAGCAAGGCAAGACGCAAGAGAAUGGCUCAUCUCCCAGCAGAAAAUCACCCGAAAAUAGUUCACUUUUCGGAGAUGAUGGCGAAAAGAGUAACGAGAUUGACGGUGAGAAUGGAUUACAGGAGGCUCUAGGGCUAGGGACAACUUCUUCUGACGCACCAACAAAGCACAAUUUAAUGGAUGUCACCAUGGACGAAGCGGAUUUGAGACCUACACAACCACUCAAGCUAAAUAGAGAAAACGAAAAGACUGCUGAUGAUUCGGAUGGCGAUUCAUUGUUUGGCGGUAUGAGUGCAGAUGGUUCGGCUGAUGCGGAUGGCGAAGCGGAUGCAGACGGUGAGGCAGAUGCGGAUGCUGAAGGAGAAGAAGAUGCAGAAGGAGAAGCAGAUGAUAUGGACGCAGAAGGGGAAGAUGAAGAUGCAGAAGGUGAGGAUGAUGAUGCACCUUUAGCAGCAAGAGCUGCAAGACCACUUUUACCUACUGCUUCAACGAGUAGUGGAUUGGAAUUGCCUGGUUCAAAGCCUGCAUCUCAAGUCAAUCAGAGUGCGGCGCCAUCUUCUUUGCCAAACGGACAUUCUGCACCUGCUGCCGCUAGACAAAGACAGCUGCCCAAGCCGGCAUUUGGAGGAGCGAGCACAUUUGCAAGCUUUGACGGGGAUGUUUCGAAGUUCAGCAAUGAUAUAAUGAUGACGACCACCCUUGGUGGUCAAGUGACUCUUUGGGACAAACGUGUUCCUUCUUACCCUGGAAGCAGUAGUAGCCAACCGAAUCACACCAAUGGCAUCUCUGGCUCUUCAACAACGCACAAGGGCGUUCGUGCAUUGGCCUUGCCUGACAAAACACCUCCAUGGUGUACGAGCGCUUGUUGGAGUGGCGAUGGAAACAAGAUUUAUGUUGGAAGACGUAAUGAAACGGUAGAUGAAUGGGAUUUACGAAUGAUACCAGACGUUGAGCAAUCCCUCGAUGGAAGUCAACCUCCUCGAUCACGCAAAGGUGAUGUUCGUUUCGUUCGUAAUCUGCGUUUACCUUCUGGCAGUGGACCUGUUAGUGCGGUUUACAGUAUGCCAAAUUCAAGACAUCUAAUUUGUGGAUCGUACGAUAAUAUACGAAUAUGGGAUACUAUGGCCGAUUCAAAUACAGCUUCUGGAAGUGGAAGUGUUCCUUUCAGGAUCGUUGCUGGUCAUCAUGGUGCAACUGUUUCUCAGCUAUUGUUAGACCCAACCUCAAGAUUCUUAUUUUCCUCUUCCGGUGAUCGUGGAUGGAUGUCCACUUCAACUGAAACUGUUAUGCUACAUGAAGUUCGACCUGCAAAUUGGUGAAUUUCAACUGCUGCUUUGUCUUUCUUUAUCGCUUUUGUAUUCUCUUUUCUUUAUUUUGCUCACUUUUUUCUUUGCUAUAUCUAGAUCCCCAUGUCAUCUUUAUCAAAUGUAUCGUAGUCAACAAAAAUCGGAUAUUG